AUGACCGGCGCUUUAAAAAGAGGUGUGCGUGAGCUGGAGAACUGGGUUAAGGGGAGUGUCUCCCGAGCUACCAGGCUUGCGAGGGGCGAAGGGACCGCCGGUACCAGAGCGGCACCAACCCAAACGGCUACAAAUGACUCGCAGAUUGGAGUGCGUCUGGACAAUGCUGAAAAGAUUACCAGGAACGGCAAGGAGUACAAACGAUACAAACUACAAGCAAACAAAAAUGCAGCAAAUCCGACUAUCAGGGAGCUAGCGAACAAGAAUUCCCAUCGUGUCUUCGCAGAAGCGGACGUUCCACUUGAUGGCACUAUUCCUACCGACCAGAAGAUCACCGCUCUCUUUCAGGACUUAAUCGAUGACGUUGAUAAGAAUAUGAAGACCUAUAACUAUUAUAUUGAGCUGCAGCAGAUAGACUGGCCAGUGGGACCAUGA